AUGUCCAGAAUCCAGCUACAACGGCAAGAUACCUUUGAUCUGCGCGACCAAAUCCACGCGGACGACCACUCCCACUUACAAGCACACGCCGACGCAGCCGUAAACUAUACCGACGACGAGGAGCAUUCCGUGUUAGAAGAUGACUCCGAGGGCGAGGAACAGGAAGAAUACAUGGACGACGACGACGACGGCUCGUCAUCCCUCUCCAUCCCGAACGAAUCUAUAGACUUUGACCUCGUGUACUCCCUCCACAGCUUCGCAGCUACCGUCGAGGGCCAAGCGAAUGUGGUCAAGGGGGACAGCUUGUUUUUGAUGGACGACAGUAACAGCUAUUGGUGGCUUGUUCGUGUGCUCAAGACCCAGGAGGUCGGGUAUAUACCGGCGGAAAAUAUCGAGACGCCGUUUGAACGGCUGGCAAGACUUAAUAAACAUCGUAACGUUGAUCUUGCAUCCGCCACACAAACCGAACUACAAGAAGGGCAGAUAAUCCUGGGUGACCGGCUUCGCACCGGUCUUACGUCGCGCGUCGGAUCGAGUAAAACUCCCUCUCCUGCCGGGCGUCGUUCACGACAAAAUAAAGGCGUCCAAUUCACACCUACCCUCUCCGUCCAUCGAUACCUCCCCGCCGUAUGGAAGGAAGAAGAAAUGUCAGACGAAGAAGACGUGGAAUGGGACGAUGAGGGGUACGAAGAUGAAGACCAAGGCCUUGCGAUUGAGCAGAUGCAGAGAAGGAGGGAGGAGGAAGAGCUCGGGCCAGGGAAUAUGGAGCCUGACGACGGGAUGCAGUGGGACGAUAGCGUUACGGAGGAGAUCCAGAUCCGCCAGGUCCUCGCUGCUAAUACGGUGCCUAUUCCUGAUGCGCUGCAGCCUGGGUCUCAGCGCGAACAGCAGCAGCAACAGCAGUUGAGGGCUCAGCAGCAGCAGCAGUUGCAGGCGCAACAACAACAGCAGCAGCUAAUGGCCCAGCAGCAGCAGCAACAACAGGCCGUUGCCCAACAGGCCGUUGCUCAGCAGGCCGUUGUUCAGCAGGGCCCUCAGCAGCAGCAACAGGCCCUGCGCACAGUCAGCUCUCGCGAGAGGUUGAAUGCCUCCCCUGCAUCUCAGGGCCCUCGAUCGAUUGACCCAGCUGAAGCGACGGAGACACGUAAACUGACCGUUACACCCAACAUCGCUCGGGAUACCGAUGAGAGGCCUCAAGGCCAACCAUACCUCCCCAGCCAGAUCAUCGGGAAGCAACAGGAAGAGGAGCGAACUAAAAGGCAACGCGAGGAGGACGCUGAUGAAGCGUCCAAGCGGAAGAAGGGCAAGGAAAAGAUGGCGCCCCCCGUAAGCUCAGCAAGCCUCGCUAAACCCCAACAACCACCCGGCAAACUGCGUAAAGAGCCUUCAAGGGAUUCUCAGGAGGAGGAAACGAAUGGGAAGGACAAGAAGAAGAAAUCGUCCGUGUUCAGUGGGCUUUUCAGCCGGAAGAAGGAAAAGGCGAAGGAUCGCGGAAGGAGUGCGUCCAUUGGGUCUAUGGAGAGUGGGGAGUAUACGGCUCGUGGAUCGGAAGAUUCGAGUCGGUCUGGUGGGCAGCAUCGGCCUAAUGGCAAUGGGAAUGGGUCGCCUGGGGAUGGGACGGUCUCGCCUACGACGGCUGUGGCGAUUCAGCAGCAGAAGCAGCAGCAGCAACAGGCGCUUAAUAAUGCGCGUGCUGAACCUGCUGCUGCUGCACAAAAUCAAGUGGCUGCUGCUGCCCCUGCGACGCCUGAACGAGGUACGGCCCUUGCUCAAGUGUCGCCGCAUGCUAGUCAGCUGCGGCAGAGGGAUCAGCACCAGCAGGCGCUUUACCAGCAGUACCUCAAUCGGUCCCCUUCUUCGCCUCCGGAAGCCCAACCUUCGUAUGGGCUGCAAUCUGCAUCUGCAGUCAUGUCGUAUACCUCGUCUUCGUCGUCUUCCGGGUCUGCGCUUGGACCGCCUACUUCUCGACCACGUCCUGGUUCGCUCAUACUCACCGCAUCUUCGAUGGACGGGCCAGGGCCAGGUGUACCAGAGCUCAGCGUCAUACGCGUGUUUGCGGGUAAACACUUGCAGACGGAAGCGACGUUUAAAACCGUGCUCCUCAACAGCUCAACGACUUCCUCCGAUCUCGUCCGGCAGGCACUGCAGAGGUUCAGGUUACCAGCGGGGGAAGACGAGGAUGAUUAUUAUCUGACGAUCAAAGAAGUUGGAGGAGGUGCUUCUGCCGUAUUGGAAGCGAAGGAAAAGCCGUUGGUGGUGUUUGAGACGCUCGUGGUGGAAGCUAUGGAGGUGCCCAAGGUCAAGAGGAGUAGCGUGGGGAGCAUCAGCUCGAUCGCGAGUAAUUUGUCGAUGCAUCCUGCGAUAAAGAAGUUGUCGAUGAAUGACUUUACGGAUGAUUCGGCUGUCAAGUUUUAUUUGAACCGCAGGAUGAAUGGGGUGGAUGAUAGUGAUUUGGGACAUGAGGGCGAUGAUACGCUUAUUGCUGAUAUGUCGCAUGAUGGAGAGGAGUUGGCUUCGCCUCGGCCGCAGUAUUUGAGCGCGAGUGCUGCUGUUGGAGGAGGGGGAGGGAAUGUUACGCCUGAGAGGUUUUCUUCGCCUUCGUUCAGGUUCCCGUUGCAGCUUGUUAUAUACCCCGACGACCUUCCGGACGAUAUGGUGUUCCAUCCUACCACGGAGGCGAUUGUGUUCAAGGAUACGCUGAGGGAUACGAAUCCUGCGCCUUCGACCCUCGUUUCGUCGACUAUGCGACGAAAGGUGUUUGUGUUCCCGAAGAACGUGACUGUUGCGGAGGUUAUUGAGUUGGGGUUGGAGAGGUUUGGGAUAUUGGAGGGUGUGGUUGAUGGAGGUGAUGAGGUUGAGGAUAAGUUUACGAAGAGGAGGAGUUCGAUUAGGGUUAGGUAUCAGUUGGUCGUUGAUACGGGUCAUGGUGAACGUGAACUUUCUCCCUCUAGUAGGGUCAUCGAUGCAUUCCCCCGCCCUCCCACCUACAGAGCGCCAGACCGCCAAUUGGCCGUGAACAAACGCCGAUCAGUCGACUCUGCGCAACUCCUUGGGUCAUUGGAUGACGUCCAAUCAGACGACCCCGUCUUCAUUCUCCGUCGCGCCAUAUCUUACCGCAACUCGACAUCCCGCCAUCGUACCUCUGCUCCCUUAGAUGAGAUCGCACUGCAGCAGCUUCAUCUCCAUCGCGAGUCCGCGUCCAGCGCCAAUACGGAUCUGGGCAGUCCUAUUCAUGAAGAUACCCCCAAACCCAAACAACCGUCCAGGCAGGAAAUUAUUGCUGCUCAGCGGGCUGCUACACGUGCCAAUCAGCGUGCCAUUCUUUCUGCGCAGACGAAUUCGGUGCGGGGGAUGGAUGUUCUGUUGCCUGGGAACGCGUUACUUCGAAGCUCGCGAUACGAUUCUAAUGACCGGAUGCGGUACUCGUACGUGGAAGCUGAUGGGGAGACGUACGAUAUCAGCGAUAUCGUCGAGGAGGAGUGGAGGGAGAAUAACCCUGUGAAUAAGAAUGACCUCUUGGAAGGCGUUCUGGCGAAGAACAAAGACGCCAUUGGUGAUAAGCUCGAUAGGGUGCUGAACAAGAUCAAGAAUGAGAAAGCCAAGGAGCGUGAUAUCUCGUCUCUGUCCAGCUCGGAUAAUCGCAGGUCCUCAAUUCCUUCAGAGUAUUCUGUCGAAGACUCCGUGGCUUAUUCACGUUCAGUCACCCCUGGGUCGGCUGGGUUCACCUCGAGAAUGCCCAGUGGGAAUGCACCUCGAGCUUCUCCGACACCAAGAGGUCCACGGCCUGACACUACGACGCCGACAAACUCGGGUCCAGGGCACAACCAACGUCCGUCCAUCGCCUCUGUGAUGUCCGAUCUCUCCAGCUACGGCACCGCGCAAACUCAGGGUGGUUCACCCCAACAACGCGAAAGGUCUCGCACUGAAACGCCCAAACCUCGUCAGCCGCAGAUCUACCUGCCCAAGGACGACUUUGGGUUCGCGCAUAUGAUGGCGAUUAUUGAGUACAAGGCGUCAAAGCCGAAGGUUACCCCGCGCCCGCUUGACCCUGUUGAUGAGCUGUUGUUUGGCACGCCGCUUGAUUUGGAGUCGUUACAUCCUCAGGCGAGGGAGAUUUAUGCGAGUGGGUUUAAGCAGCUUGAGGAGAUGGAUAAGAUUCUUGAUAGUUAUAUCGGGCCAGCCAUUGGUUCUUUUUGA